UGCACCUUCCUAAAUUGAAGUCGUGAGAAGGGCGUGUCGUAACUUCGAAGAGCGCGCAAUGGCAGAAGAAAGCUGUGAUUGGUUAUGCGCGCCACGAUUCUGGUGUCUGCCUUGCAACACUGCACAAACCUAAACAACAGCGUAAAGGCACGAGACCUUCAGAGAUCAUAAAAUUAACAGAGCAUUCCUCUGUCCUCGUAAAUGUGUCACGGGCACAACAGACAGUCGUUGAAUAUCCGGUAACAGGUAAAUCAGGAAUAUUGUGCUGUGUUGCUGUCAACAAUAAUAGGCAAUAGGCUACAAAUAACAUAUGGGCUAUUGAACUGGGGUAUAUUUCUGAGUUUAGACAGUAUUAUGGUUGCAUUGCGCAAUUGUAAAAUACUGUCGAUAUAAACACUUAAAUAUGGGUUCUAGAUUAAGUAGACAGAGUAGUCUGGACAAUGAGAAUUUUACAAAAAGGCGUUGCAAGAUUCUUAACAGCACAGGAGAAGGCGACAGAGGUAGAAUUCAAGGCGGCGACUUUCUGUUUACAAUGAUGCCGAAAUCAGAUACACUGCCGGGGAUGCUGAGGCGGUCCAAUCACAGCCCCUACGUGAGGCGAGUGGCAUGGAUCCGAGAGAUACAAAAGCUGCUCCGUGAUCGCAGGAUAGAUCAGGCAACCGACGUGCUUAAACUAUUGAGGAAGGAUCUGGGCUUGGAAGGAACAUCCCUAAAUGACAUCUUAUAUAAGAACGCUGCUUUUCUCAACCUGGUGGAUCCCAUCUCCCAUGAGCUGCUGCUAAGCCUGGCUCGCGAGAUGCAGUGUCCCAAGAAGCACCAUGGCUCAGCAGCAGGCCCAGCUCCUCCUGAACAUGAAUAGCCUGGAGCAGGUUAACUUUGGGGUCCAGCAGAACAACAGAGGCCUUUGCUGUGGCCCUCUGCCACCUGGCUGAGCUUCAUGCUGAGCAGGGCCUGUAUGGGGCUGUGUCUGAGGUCCUGAAGCAUCUGAAGGAGCAGUUCCCACCUCACACCCAACAUGCCAAGCUGUGGAUGCUCUGUGACCUCAAGAUCCAGUUUGACAGAGCUAUGAAUGAUGGGAAAUACCACCUUGCAGAGCCCCAUGUCACAGCCAUUGCUGCCUUGAACAAAACUGAGGGUCUUUAUAGGAAAGCUCAAGUGCUGAAGGCCUUGAACCGGACUACUGAAGCAUACAGUAUCCUACAGAGGCUGCAGCUGUACUGCGAGAAGACCAAGUACACAGAGAUGAUCAUCAGGGUGAUGCUGGUCACAGCUGAGUUGCAUUGGGAGUCGUCAGGUUUUGCCACAGCCCUUCCUCUCCUGCUGCAGGCCCUGGCCCUGGCCAGACAGCACCACCUACAGGCCCUGGCCUCCGAGACCAUCCUUCACCUGGCUUUCACUCAGUUGAUGCUGGGAGUGCCGGAGCAGGCUCUGGGUGUCCUUCAUGAGGCGAUGGAGCCCAUCCUGGCCCACGGAGCGGUCAUGGAUAAGGGCAGAGCUCUGCUCCUGGCAGCCCGCUGUCAGAUGGCCAUGGCUGGGACCCGGUCCAAUGGCCAGAGGCAUGCAGCUUUAGGCCUGGCUGUGCAAUCGCUGGGAGAGGCUGCAGCCUACUUCUCCAUGCUGGACUGUAAGGAGCGUCUCCGUGAUGUCCACUACCUGCAGGCCCGGCUGCAGGUAGUGGACUGUGCAGGAUCCAGAGGCCUCGAUAUGGAAACCUAGAUGCCGCCACACCACCUCUUUGAGUAGCACCCACAUAGUAUUUGAAUUUCAGCAUACAUACCGUUAUACAACAGUUUAUCCUUUAUUCAGAUUCUUUAGAGGUAGUCAUAGCCUCUGUUGUAGGAUGAUCUGGACUAUAGAGAUGGAGGACUUGUCUUUGCAUCUGCAAUUAUAGCAUCUGUGAUGGUAUGGGCAUUUUGUCAUUUAUCAUCAUGUUCUUCAAAGUCCCAGUGGUGAGAUCCCAUCAUAGCUCAAAGAUAAAUAUACAGAGAUAUCUAAGCAUAGAGGAUCCGUGUUCUCAUCUAUUCUUAGAGAAUGAGGAACGGUUUAAUGCAUCUCAGCUGUCGGAGUUACCACGAUAUGAGUGAGUGUAAUAUCAAAUCAGAGCCGGGCAGAAGAUGAGUAUGUUUUAGAGAGAGCAUUGUGAUUUUUCUUCAACUGGAAGCAUGCCAAUGGAAAAAAACUUUUAGCAAAGGAAAAGAUUUCCCAGAGAUAUGCGCACAUCAAUGUAAUAGUCCUGAGAUUAUUUGAAAUUAUAUCUUUGUGUGUGUGCCAUAACAUGACAAUCUGAGAACUAAGCUGACAAUGACACUGCACAUUGUUUUUGUUAGCCUGGUGUAGAUUUAUGCCAACUGAGAGUGAUAAUUUUUAUAUUGGGUUAAGUUAUUCAGCAUCUCAGUCAGUGCUAGUCAUGAGCGCCAUUAUAUUGACAUUAUCUCUUCAUAAUGGCAUUGAUCCAAGAUCAGGUAUUAUGAAAUAUUAGGACAUUUUCAAUAUCCUGUAUUGCCCUUUGGUUUGUAUACAGAAGAAGCUUAGCCUAAUAACAUUUAAAACAUUACCUAACAUUGGUAUGAAAACACUGAAGUUUUAUUACUGAAACAAAGCAUUGACACGGUGAUAUAGCCCUGAGCCUUCAAAUAUUACAUUCGGGGUCUCUAAGCUUUUGAGGUACAGAACCAAUUAAGUUGAAAGCCUAUGUCAUAUUUAACAUUUGAGUGGGCUGGUUUUUGAGAAUGUUCUGCAUGUCCCUCUUACAUGAAAAAAAGCAUUGUCAUCGUUACUUGAGCCUUUUUUGGUUGACGUCAACGGCUUACAUUAGACAAAAAGAAAGUAUGUUCCAUUGCCCUAUCUGUCUAAACUUUACCAUGUAGGUUUGUUCCAGAUGUUUAUUGGUAUGUUUGCACAAGAAGUACUCUAAGACCGUGUGCGGGGUCUGAAAUACGCUACAUGUCACUUCGCUCCAUAAACAAAUACAGUAGAUAAUGGGCCUCCAUGGGACAGGAGACGGGACAGAGACCGUCUGUGUAAAUACACACAGACUCACACUGCAUAGUUCACUCUGCUCUUGUGUGUGUGUGUUGAUAUAUCUAGAGCGAGAUGGAGAGGGUGAGCUGCAGCCGUGGGAUGUCUUUUCAUCAGGCAACACUAGAUGGGGCAUGUGCCUAGUGACGCUAAAUGUCCUCUGAACCAUUGGCCUGCCCUGUAUGUGAGCACUGUGCAUCAACAUUGACACUAUACUCUGUUCAGGCCUGUGCUGUCAAGAGUAUCACAUUAGUCAGGGGAUUGGGAAAUGUUCUAUUAGCACAGUUAGAUGAGCUGUGUCAAAGGAUUGAAAAACCCUUGCUUUGCUAUUUUUGUAUGUAAUAUACAGCUUCAUUAGCCAUCAUUUCCCAUCUGCCCACAGGCUGAAUUCUGUCUGAAUGAAUAUGGAUCUUCUUGCUCUUACAGGGAAGCAGAGAGUAGAGAGUACGCAGAUAGUGUCUCAGGCCACAUUCAAUAGGGCCUAGACGACAGGAUACUUGUUGUAGCCUAGACGACAGGAUACUACCAUAGAUGGACUUUAGUGUGCAGUCACAUCUCUGUGCACAGUAGAGUUGACUUACUCAGCAACUGCAGGUAACUGCCAAAAUAAAGAAAACAUCAACAUAAAGUGUCUUAAUAAAGGAGAAGAACACACUUUGAUAAAGAGGAAGCAUUUAGCCUGAGUCGGCUACGUAGCUUCCUAUGCAUCACUGGUCUAUGGAAGAAAUUGCUUCAGUGAAUAAUCCAUUUGGAGGCUUUUGUAAAAGCCCCAGCUGGCGCCAAAUGCCACAUCUUGCUAAGAUUUGUCAGAAGGAAGCUGCUUUGUAUUUUGUUCUUCAGACUAUUGAAGGAAGUCAAGCCCAAUUUUUAGGUUUUAGGUGUAAAAUUGUACUUCAGUCAGUUGUUUAGACAUCAUGUAGCUGUUAUUAAUCUAUUGUGUACAUUUUUCAUCAGUUCUUUGGUUACAGGUAUCGAUGCAGAGAAAGAUGCCUCUAAGAAUAUGGGGAACAGGCUGACUAAUGUAAAAUAUAUCUCAUUUUAAACAUUUUAAUAACAAGCAUGGCAUUUGAACAAUGCAUGUUUAAAAAUAUAUAUCUGCAAAUGUAAAAUACACUAUACAUUCACUGUACUGCUAUGGUCUUACUCCAUAUUAAACAUGAACAAUUUGUA